UUAAAGACAUCACUAUAAAACAAACGAGACAAUGUAAAGCUUUACAAAGUAUCCAUUAAACAACCAUUUGUAUCCAAUUAACAAAGUUAAACAAAGACUAACAAAGGUCUGGUUAACUAACUGUGGUAAGACCAUAUAAACUGACCAACAACUAAUGGUGACUGGUAGAACGUUACCAUGGUGGUAGCAUCAUAAUCUAGGACAUAAAAACAUCAGAAGAGUCUAACUUAUGCUCGGGAUCCAAAAUACAUGAUUCAUUGUCUCAAGAUCCCAAAUACCGUAGCAGAGCUAACUUUGUAAUAUCUGAAUUACCAUUACAUAUGCUUAAUUAAGUUCCACCGAAAUGUCAAAUUCUGCUUUUUAUAAUAAUUUAAUUAGGCGUUGCCUAAAACGACUAAUUAUAUAAAGUUCUGUUCUUCAUUGAUGGCAUACCUCAGCAUUCCAUAAUAUAAACAAAUUUAAUAUCCUGUUUUGGCUGUGGAAGUUCUACUGCAUAACUGGUUUGACAGACACUUUUUCAUCGAGGCAAAACGCAAUCUAACAUUGAUGGAGUUCCCCUGAGGUGUUGAGGUGAUUGAGACUCUGUCUGUGUCGACAGAUACCCACAUUCAUCACCAACCUUGUUGUACCUUCUGUUUGGUUUUUUUUGCAGGUUUUAUGACACAUAGCAUCUAUCCAGGGCCGUGUGAACACAAGUACUGUGGCUUGGGGCGCCACUGCGUCGCCAACUACGAGAACGGCCAAGGAGAAUGCAAGUGUUUGGACCAGUGUAAACCACACUAUAAACCUAUAUGCGGCUCAGAUGGGAAGCUGUACCAGAAUCACUGCGAGCUCCACCGGGCCUCCUGCCUCACUGGACACAAGAUCACCAUUAUGCACCAUGAGGAGUGCUUCUACAAAGAUGAUAGCUGCAGACUAAGUGACUACCAACGUCUGAAAACCAAGACUCUGGAUCUGCACGAGAAACGAUACAUGGGAUCUCGGAUGCACGGAGUCCAUAAGGACAAUAUGGCCGCCAGGAGGCAUCUGGUUGAUGUUAUGUUUAAGCGCUUUGAUGCAGAUAUGAAUGGCCAGAUAGAUUCCAGUGAACUCUCACAGGUAAUCAAGCAGGAAGGUCUGACCAAGGACUUCUCGGAGUGCACGCUCUUUGACCUGCUGAAGUACAACGACAUCAACGACGACGAGCACUUGACCAAAGAGGAGUUUUACACGGCUUUUGAGGUUUUCCUGCUUCACCUUCCAGAUGACCAGAAAGUCAGCGUUACGACGGUGACAGUCGGCCAAAGUGUUGUGUUGACAUGUGCCAUCACGGGUGACCAGAGGCCUCCCAUACUGUGGAAGAGAAACGGUCAAUAUCUGAACUCCCUGAACUUGGAAGACAUCAAUGAUUUUGGAGAAGAUGGCUCUUUGUACAUCACCAAGGUGACCACGACUCACAUGGGCAACUACACCUGUCACGCUGACGGCUAUGAGAAGCUCUUCCAAAUCCACACUCUCCAAGUGAACGUUCCUCCUGUCAUCAGAGUUUACCCAGAAAGCCAGGCUAGAGAGCCAGGCGUCACUGCAAGUCUGCGCUGCCAUGCUGAAGGUAUCCCCAGCCCCCAGUUGUCCUGGCUGAAGAACGGCAUGGACAUCACCACCAAGCUGUCAAAACAGCUCACCCUGCAAGCUAAUGGGAGUGAGGUGCACAUCAGCAACGUGCACUUUGAAGACACCGGGGCAUAUACCUGCAUCGCCAGAAAUGAGGCCGGUGUGGACGAGGACAUCUCCUCACUGUUUGUGGAGGAUUCUGCGCGAAAAACCUUGGCAAACAUUCUGUGGCGAGAAGAAGGUCUUGGCAUUGGCAACAUGUUCUAUGUGUUCUAUGACGAUGGCAUCAAAGUCAUUCAGCCUGUAGCGUGUGAGAUUCAACGACACAUUAAGCCCAGUGAGAAGUUACUGGCUCUGCAGGAGGAGGUGUGUCCUAUCUCACCAGGAGAGACGGUCCAGAGGUGUGUGUGGUCAUCAGCGGUCAACGUCAAGGACAAGUUUAUUUACGUGACACAGCCAACCUUGAAUCGAGUCCUUGUAGUUGACAUCCAGUCUCAGAAGGCUGUCCAGACAAUCAGCACUGACCCUUAUCCUGUGAAGCUCCAUUAUGACAAAUCUCACGACCAGGUGUGGCUACUCAGCUGGGGAGACAUGGAGAAGAACUUGCCGUCACUGCAGGUGAUCAGUCAGGCCAGUGGGAGAAUCUCCCAUCAUGCUGUGCACACACAGCCUGUCGGCAGACGCUUUGACGGAGUGGACGACUUCUUCAUUCCCUCCUCGAGCCUCAUCAUUAACCAUGUCAGAUUUGGCCUCAUCUUUCAUCGAAAUGAGCCUGUCCUGCACAAGAUCAACCUGGAGACAUCAUUGUACGUGAAAAACAUCAGUUUGUGGGAGUAUAACUGCAUCCCAAAGUCCCUGGCGUACACCCAUCUUGGCGGCUAUUACUUUGUCAACUGCAGACCUGACUCCACUGGCGCCACGCAGCCCCAACUCAUCUUGGAUGGCGUGACAGAUAAUGUAAUUGGACAAAACAGCGAUGUCACUGGCACUCCCUACGUCUCACCAGACGGUCAUUACUUGGUCACUGUUGAUGACAAUGAUGGUCUGAUGAGGAUCCAGACCAUCUCAGAGCGGGGAGAGAUCGGCAAACCCUUCGACAUUCACACAAACCUCCACCUGUCUGAUCUGGCCUUCCAGCGUUCAUUCAUAGAGGUUCACCAGUACAACAUCUUUGGAAGCUCUGGCCGUCAGACAGAUGCUCUCUUUGUGGAAUUGAACACAGGCAAAGUCAAGAUGAUCAAGAGCUUGAAAGAGGCCACAAAGUCCUCCGAAUGGCCGUGGAGCAGUAGGAACAGGAUAGUGGUCAGCAGCGGACUGUUUGGUCAGUACCUCAUGUCCCCUUCCAGAGAGUCCCUAUUCAUUCUGGAUGGACGGCUCAAUAAGCUCAAUUGUGAGAUUACUGAUGUCUUCAAAGGCAAUGUGGUGGUAUGGGUUGGAGACUCUUAAAUGUCAUCAAAUCAUCAACACCUGGGAAGCAUCAUUGUUGUGGACGUUACAGUUGCACUGAAUUCUGAUGCAGAUUCUUUGAUUUUGUGGAAGCACGGCAGUGAAAACCACGCUUACGAAACCAAAUUGACCAGUUCAGCAACCUUUGAUGAAUCUCUUUUAUUGAAUAUUAUUUUUUGUUUUCUUUUAAUGAUGACAUUAAGAAAAUACUAGGUGGUUUUCCUUCCAAACAUCAUGAAGUUGCUUGCUAUUUUCUUUUCAGUUAUUUUUCAGAAAGAAAUCUGGUACAAAGUACAAAAACAUGCAAUCUUGCAUUAUUCAGUCAAAUGUGGGAAUGCUGAAGAGAAUCUCUCAACUAAAUUAAAAUGAAAAUAAUUGACUGAAUAUAUUUAUAUCAUUGUUAAUUUCCAGAGUAUGUCCCGAUGUUGAGUUCACCCAUUCCAUUUUUUCCUUCAGCCUUUAAAGCUAAUUGCCCUCCACUUGAAAAAUUGUGGGAAAAUUCCCAGAAUGGCUGCAACUCCACCAUACCAUGUUGAAUUAGGGACAGACUGUUCAUGCAUAGGUUGUGCAAUUUUAAACCUUUGAAUGAUGAACUAAAACCAAUGUUAGGCGUUCCUAAUUUUUCUUGUCAUUUAUUUUUUAGUCCAGAGCAGAAAAAGUUGAAGUUUGAGCUGACCCUAAACUCUAGCAGCUUUGUACAAGUCAGAAUGUCUCUUAGCAAUGAGUCAAUAGAGCACGUGUGUGAAGAAAAUCCCAAGCGUCACUUAAAAAUCUCUAGGCAAAGAAAAGUUAAGUCGAUUUUAAUAGAAUAAAAUGCUAGAAACGUGCAUUUUCUGUUCAGUUUGACAGCAUGUUUCUUGUGAAUGGCAUUUUAAUGUGAAGAAAUGACGAUCUAAAACACCAGGGAGUUGGGUAGUAGUGUGUGUCUGUGUGUGUAGAGGGUUUUUGAGGAUAAGCUGUGAAUAACAUUAAAAACAUGUUCAAGCUACCGUAGUAGAUUCAUAGCUGGUAAGUGAAGGAAACUGUUUCCUAGCUGGACACAUUUCUAUGCAUUUUCACCCUAUAGCACUCUCUGACUCUAAAUCACAAUGGACGACUGCAUCAAAAUUUUAGUACGAACUUUUAACGUGUACAGAUUAUUUAAGUAAUUCCACCUCUCCUGUUAGAUCGGACUCCUAUAUAUAGAUCUUUAAGGCUAUUUCCCUUUUUUCUUCCAAACCCUUAAAUCAAUCUCUUUGGCUAAAGACUUUUUUUUUUUUUUUUACAUAGCACCCUGUCUAUGAGUCAUACAGCUUUUCAUUAAUGUACAGAUUUCCACUGGUUGCAGUCAUGUCCAAAGCCUAUAAUCAUCACAGUCUCCUUUUUAAGAAAAAAAAAACCAAAACAUGUACUCACUGCUUUCACCUCUUUAAAGCCACGUCUUGUAUGUUAUUUCACCUAACUGUUAUUUAUAUAGAGAAAUCCCUGUGUCAUUUUAUCCAACAAUAAAAACAAAAACCUA